GAGCAAUUUCCCAAGAUUAGAAGUGUGCGCCCCGAAAAGGUUGAACUAAGCAUGAAAAUGUAACCAACGGAGAUUAGGAAAAGAGAGGAAAAAGAAAAUGUGAAAAGAAGGAGAGAAGAGAUGAGUAGCGACUAGCGACCACAACUGCCUCUGCCUGCACGCGUUCUGCUUCGAACGACUUUUGUCAAACACAUACCAUGCAGUUUCUCAAUCCUCUCUCUCACCAAUAAUCAAAUUUUAAACCCUCUCUCUCCACUCUGCUUUUUAGCCUCCUUCUUCUUUAUUCUGUGGCUAGUCAUGGAACUCUUGUUCUCUCCCGUGAUUGUGACUCCUUCCCCCUAAAAUUAAAAUCCUUUUCACCAGAAUAAGCAAAAAAGGAAAGAGAAAAAAGAAUACUGUUAUUCCACAUGAUUUCACCUCCUCCUCCUCCUCAGGAAGAUUACGACAGCGUUAGUUUCAACGGCAACGGACAUGCGCUCUCCUCAGCAGCUCCGCAACGGUAACCGCUCACCGCAGGAGCAUCAUCAUCCACCGCGGUUCCACUCCACGGUGGCGGAGCACAAACUGCGUCGUUUCAACUCCCUCAUCCUCCUCUUCCGCCUCGUCUCCUUCUCCUUCUCCCUCGCCUCCUCCGUCUUCAUGCUCACCAACACUCACGACGCCGCAUCUCCUAAGUGGUACCACUAUGACACCUUCAGAUUCGUUCUAGCUGCAAAUGCGAUAGUGGCGGUUUACUCACUGUUCGAAUUGGGCGCGUCGGUGUGGGAGAUCUCAAGAGGCGCCACGCUCUUCCCCGAGGUGCUUCAGGUCUGGUUCGACUUCGGCCAUGACCAGGUGUUCGCGUACCUGCUAUUGUCGGCGAGCGCAGCGGGCACGUCGACGGUUAGGACACUGAGGGAUGCGGGGGACGCGUGUACGGCCAGCAAUUCGUUCUGCGUGCAAUCGGACAUCGCGAUCGCGUUGGGCUACGGUGCGUUUGUGUUCUUAGGGUUCACUUCUCUGCUAUCGGGCUUCCGAGUCGUCUGUUUCAUAAUCAACGGUUCGCGUUUUCACCUGUGAGUUGUCCUAUGCCAUGCCAUGCCGCGUGCAGUGAAGGGGGUUACCGGUUAGAGAAAAAGAGGAAGGGAAUAUUUGGGUGGGGUCAGGUUUGGUCUUGUCUGGUCUGAGUCUGAGGAAGGAGCUUCUUCCUCUUUUUUUUCACUGUAGGCCAAACACGCUACUGUGGAUAUGGACUGACAGGGUUCAAGUGUGAUCUUGAAAUUUGAGCCAUCUCAUGCUCUGCGUUCCCUUACAUUCGAAUUUAAGUCUAUCGAUUUCCCAACUAUAAAUUCAUUUUUUAAUUUUUAUUAGUGUUAAGUAGUAAAAUAUUCUUCAAUAUGUAAUUGCUUUUCUGAUAAAGAAGUGCUCCUUCUGCCAAUCUGGCACGCCAUUUCAUCCACUUUCUAUUGUUAAUCCGUACACCUCACAUUCACUUCCAAUGUUUUAUUGGCCUUUCUACUUUUAAAAAUUCAUAAGACUUAUAAAUAAACACAACUAGCAAGUACCAUGUAUCGCCAUAUAUGUCCGAAUUAGAAUUUUAUAUACCAGAAAUGUA